AUGGCAAUUACCAAAACUUUCUCCAUUUUCUCUGAACCAACACAUAAUUUUCAAAUUUAUUGGAUUUACGAUAAUCCAUUCUCAAAAGCAAGCGAAAUAUCCAAUAACGAAGAAUUUGAUCCUGAGACAUUGUACUUUAAAAACUUUGAUGGCGUUUAUUACGAAGAACCAGAAGAAGACCAUGAAAAGGAUGAUCUCUCUUACGAAUCAGAUUGUAAUUCUGAUAUCUCUUCGGCCACAGAAUAUAGUAUUCAUUCUCCCGAUAAAAGCAUUCCAGCACAUGAAAGUGACAACGUUUUAUUAACUUAUUCUCGUAACACAUCUAUUUCAACAUGUUCACUACCAAUUGAAGAUAAGGAAUCAAUGGAGAUUAACAUCAAUGCGUCCGAGAAAGUCCUUGAUAUGAACCCUAAAGACUAUUAUUGGGCUUCUUCGGUAAACUUUCGCCAACAAAAAACUUAUAAUAUUAUUAAAGUAGAUUUAUAUGACUCUUCCAAAUAA